GUUCUCAGUAACAUCCUUGUUUGAUUUUUGAUGUUCUUUCACUUCUUUGUACAGAGAAAGCUGGACGAUAUUGUGAAUAAAAAUCUCAAACCUUUCGCUAUCUGCUGUCUGAAAAAUAUUGCGUCAAGGAUGAGGAACACCACCUCCUUGAUGGAACCCAAAGUCGGAACUUGCAUAAGACAGAAAUGGCCAGUUCAAGAUAAUUUAAGCGUGGCAGAUAUGAAGUUAAUUAUGUUCAAGCCAGCACUACUUCUUGAGCCAUCACCAAGUCCUCCUGGAAGUGCACCACCAACUGAUCCUCCUGGCAGCGCAGUACCACCACCUGGCAGUACCGGUGCGACACCACCAACCGGUCCUCCUGGCAGUGAGCCCUCACCAAGUCCUCCUGGAAGUGCACCACCAACUGAUCCUCCUGGCAGCGCAGCACCACCACCUGGCAGUCCCGGUGCGCACCACCAACCGGUCCUCCUGGCAGUGAACCACCACCUAGUUCCCCUGGCAGCGCACUACCACCUGGUCUUCCUCCUAGCCACCUCGUACUCCUGGUGCACCAUCAUCUGGCCCUCUGCCUAGAUCACCUCCUCGUCGUAGUGCAGCAACACCUGCUAGUUUACU